AUGGCGAACGAGAACGAACCCGCGAAACUCCUGUUACCAUACCUUCAACGCGCCGAUGAAUUGCAGAAACACGAACCUCUCGUCGCUUAUUACUGUCGAUUAUAUGCGAUGGAGCGUGGAUUGAAGAUUCCACAAAGUGAUCGCACCAAAACCACUAAUUCUCUUCUUGUUUCACUCAUGAAACAACUCGAAAAGGAUAAAAAGUCAAUCCAACUGGGGCCUGAAGAUAAUUUAUAUCUUGAGGGAUUUGCUUUGAAUGUGUUUGGAAAAGCAGACAAGCAAGAUCAUGCUGGAAGAGCAGAUAUAAGUACGGCAAAAACAUUUUAUGCUGCUAGCAUCUUUUUUGAGAUUCUUAAUCAAUUUGGACCAGUUCAGCCUGAUCUGGAGCAGAAGCAGAAGUAUGCAGCAUGGAAAGCAGCUGAUAUAAGAAAGGCUUUGAAAGAAGGAAGGAAGCCUGUGGCUGGUCCACCUGCUGGCGACGAGGACCUGUCUGUUCCAUCAAGUUCUCCUAGUAUUAGAUAUGAUCCUGGGGCUACCGAAACUUCUGCUUCCAGUGCUGGAUCUGAAUCUGAUUCAACACGUAGUUAUCAUAACCCUGUCAACUUCCAGAAUAUGCCGAGCAUUCAUCCUGCUCCUAAAUUCAAUGAUACUGUUAAUGAUCAGAAUUCUGCAAGCAUUCCACCAUCUUCGCAGUUUCAUGAUAGGGUAGAUGAUAAUAAGCAUUCUUCGAUUGUUUCUCCAUCAUCUCACUCUUAUACACCUGGAGUUUAUCCCUCUCAAGAUUUUCAUCCACCUCCAUCUUCCCAGGAUUAUCAUCAUCCACCUCCAUCUUCCCAAGAUUAUCAUCAUCCACCACCAUCGCAGGAUUAUCAUCAUCCACCACCUUCCCAAGAUUACCAUCCUCCACCGCCUUCCCAAGAUUAUCAUUCUCCUCCACCUUCCCAGGAGUACCAUCCUCCACCACCUUCCCAAGAUUAUCAACCUCCACCUUCCCAAGAUUACCAUCAUCCUCCACCUGCUAGAUCAGACAGUUCUUAUUCUGAGCACUACAACCACCACCAAUACUCACCAGAUCAGUCACAAAAUUUAGGUCCUAAUUACCCUUCUCAUGAAACUCCCUCUUCUUACUCUCUUCCCCAUUUUCAAUCUUAUCCAAGUUUCUCAGAAAGCACCCUACCAUCGGUACCAGUAAACCAGACAUAUUAUCAAGGGCCAGAUGCUUCAUAUUCUUCCCAGUCAGCGCCUCUAGCUACAAACCAUUCAUUAAAUACCCAAAACAGUCUCAGCAGCAGAAAUGGAUCUGUCUUGGAGCCCAAGUCAACAACUCAGACAUACCAGUAUGACUGUAAUUAUCAGCCAGCACCUGAAAGAAUAGCAGAGGCACACAAGGCUGCAAGAUUUGCUGUUGGGGCACUGGCAUUCGAUGACGUCUCAAUUGCAGUAGACUACUUGAAGAAAUCACUUGAGUUGCUGACAAAUCCAUCAGUUGGCCAGUAA